UACAGAGUUGUGUGACAACAUGGAUGACCUUAAGUCAGUUGGAGUCCCAGUAAAUCCAGUUAAAGCUUUAUGGCUGCUUAUCCUCUUAAUAGUUUUGUCUAUACAAUGUCAGAGAAUGGUGAGAAAUGUCUUUCUCAGUUUCCUCAAGGUAACAUCUUCAUAUUGCUUGUUUUCUCUGAUCAAUGGGUGAACGUCCAAAAAAUUUAGAGAAGAAAAGGGAAACAGAAAAUCUUCACAUUCAAGAAGCUGGAUUUGCUCAGAUUUUCGGCAUCAUUCAAUAUGAUUACCUUCAGCAGAACAAAAGCAGGAAUUCUGAUAAAACUUUUCAAAUUCUACCAUCUUCAGUAUGUAUGAAAGGUGUAACUACUGUGGACAUUUUUAUUAUUUCUAAUUUCUGCUCCUUAUAAUGUGACUGCAAAUUAGCAUUAACUCCAUACAGUACAGAGGCAGUAUCAUGUGUUCUGUAUAAUGGGUGAUAGAGGUGGCUGUGUUCAGCCCGCUGGCUGUAUUUCUAUCAUGGCUGAGGUUUUUGGUUUAUCGCUGUGCUGGAGGGUGCAUGCCGGAGCCCCCUAUGGAGCAGUCUGAUAAGUCAGCCGUUGCCUGGGGUCAGUCAGAGUAGCUGUGCUGAAGGUAAUCGAGGUCCCGGGGGUUAACACUGAGAUCAUUCCCCUGUAGUCAGCAUUCCACUCCUCUUUGCCCUCCUCCUCCUCGUACUUGUGUAUACAUUUUCAUCCCAUGUCUGUCUCCUACCACUUGCUCUUGAGCCAACCAUCCCCACCUUGACACCUCCACCUUCAAUCCAUAAUCUCCCAUCCUGCCUCCCUUCACAUUCAAACCAUGGCAUCGUCUCAUUACCGCCCCUUUCUUAUCUCGUUGGUCUCCUUCCAUCCAUCUGCAUUUCAUUUUUUUUCCUUUCCCUCUCAGGCAUCUGUAUCCGUCCGUCCUUUCAUCGUCUGUUUCUCACCCCCCCUUCCUCCUUUUUGUUUCUUUCCUUUGCCUCUCGAAUGCCAAUAUGUCGGGGAAAAAAGGGGAAAUGCAAGAAAGGGAUGACACACAGGCGAUUGGUAACCAUGGCAACGCAUGCAGCUUGUCAAAGUGUCGCCCUCACCAGUGUUGGAUCGCUUCAAUAACCGCUUCCCUCUCGGUGCUUUUUCCCUCCUUCUUUCUUCUCUCCAUUUCUCUGCCCUCCUCCCCUGUUCGUGCACGUCCUCAGCCUGUCCAAGGAAGAAAAAAAGAAAAAGGCUCUCCUUGCCAACUCUCAUUCAUCUCGGUGUACCUCAUCUCGGUAAUUGAUAACCCUAAUUGGCUACAAGAACCAAUCCUCCACCUCCUUGUAUCCUCAGCAGACGGUCUCCCCUGUGUUACGUUCUUCCUGAAUAAGGUCAGACUUCGAAGCGAAGAGUAUCAGUGCAGUGUGACAGCUCAGCAUCAACACUUGGUCGGUGUAUGUUGCGCGCAGCCAUAUACAGUGUGCCUUUGUGUCUGUGCUGCUGCUGCUGCAUGUGUAGUGUAGUGAUGUGCUGACAUAUGGAGGCUGACAGUAAUCAGACGUCCCCAGUGUGGCUCUCUGUUCCCCCUGUCAGCCCGGGCUGAGCCAGGAGCACAUUAGAAUCUGAUCUAUCUCUCCUCUGUGGCAAGUGGAUGCAGAGCACUGGAGUGUGUCACAGCCCUCUUACAGGAAAGAGAAGAAGAGGACUCACUGCCAGACCGCUGGCUUAGACAGACGCGCAUAUAACAGACAGUGCUGGACCCAGAGAACACCGGUUUCAUCGCAGUGGAGAACUUCACCAGUUUGGUGGAGCACCAUGAGCUGCAGCUGGACCCAUCCAAGCUGGAUAUGUUGUUAGCCCUCGUCCAGAGCAACGAAGAUGGACAGGUGUGCUACCAGGAGCUCAUCGAGCUGAUGAGCAGCAAACGCUCCAGCAGUUUCCGACGGGCCAUCGCCAAUGGCCGCCGCACGCUGCAGAGGGAGAUCCUGCUGGACGAGACGGGGCUGGGUCUGUACAAACGCUUUGUUCGUUAUGUGGCCUACGAGAUCCUGCCCUGCGAGACGGACCGACGCUGGUACUUCCACCAGAACCGCCUAUGUCCACCGCCUGUCUUCAUUGCCAUCGUCACCAUCGUCCAGAUUAUCGUGUUCAUGUGCUAUGGCAUCAUGCUAAACAAGUGGGUGCUUCAGACGUAUCAGCCUGACUUCAUGAAGAGCCCUCUGGUCUACCAUCCCGGCCACCGUGCACAAGUGUGGCGCUUCUUCAGCUACAUGUUCAUGCACGUCGGUUUAGAGCAGCUGGGAUUCAAUGCUUUACUGCAGCUGAUGAUCGGUGUCCCUUUAGAGAUGGUCCACGGCAUCUUACGAAUAAGUUUGCUUUACAUGGCGGGAGUGUUGGCCGGCUCGCUGACAGUGUCCAUCACCGACAUGCGUGCUCCAGUGGUGGGGGGCUCCGGAGGGGUCUACGCUCUGUGCUCAGCGCAUCUGGCCAAUGUCGUCAUGAACUGGGCCGGGAUGCGCUGCCCGUACAAGCUGCUCCGCAUGAUCCUGGCGCUAGUUUGCAUGAGUUCAGAGGUGGGUCGUGCAGUCUGGCUCCGCUUCUCACCACCGUUACCCUCCUCGGGACCCCAGCCCAGCUUCAUGGCCCACCUGUCGGGGGCAGUGGUCGGCAUCAGCAUGGGCCUGCUGAUCCUGCGCAGCUACGAGGAGAGUCUGCAGAAACAGUGCUCCUGGUGGGUCAUCGUCUUCUCCUUCAUCACCUUCCUCCUCUUUGCCAUCUUCUGGAACAUCUUUGCGUACGACCUCCUGGGGGUACAGAUACCACCUCCCCCCUGAUGACGGCCCCCCAGCGGGCCUCCUCCAUGUACACACUGACUCUAGCCCUGCUCCAAACAAAGGUUCCCCUUUGACCAUAGUUAACUCUCCAUUUCCUCUCAAGUUAUACCCAAAUGAAAGGAUAUGAAAUCCUCCAAACUAAAAAUUGACCAAGAAUCCUUUUUUACAGGUACUUUGCAAAUCAAAGAAAUAUGUCUCUUUUAUUAAAGAGGGAUUACAGUAGCAACAAGUACAGGUGAAAGUUCCUCAGAUCCACUUUGAGGAGCAUUAUAUCUUUUUAUAUACGUUGAAUCUCAUCCACAUAGCCAGCGCUAACCUUUCUGCGAGCAUUUAACCGUCGUGCUCUCUCUUUUUUCAGAACCUCAGAAAGCAGGUUUCAUCCGUCUUUUCUUUGAGUGCAUCUUUCACUCAUGUAAAGACCUCAAAUUAGAAGAAUCAUGACGUGUGCCUCUGGUGAAAAGGAAAGUGAAUUAAAGGGAUGAGAAGUGAGAGAUCAGGAUCAGCUGCAGCGACGCUCCUUCAACUAAUGGGGUGUCAGUGUUUUUGCUGUAAGGCACUUAAGCCUGAAUCUGCACCACAAAUCAGAUCUGCAGGAGAAGAUGUGAAGAGGAUUUUCAGGAAGAGCAUGUUUAUUUCUGAUGGCGGCAAUAAAAAAUACACAAAGCACCAAUGAAAUAGAAUUAUUGAGAUGAUUUUUUUUUAAUUUCACAUCCCUGCUGUAACUCACAGAGGUCACUCACUGUGGCUUAUUUGCAAAACCUCUGGGACACUAAGUGAAAAACCAACUAACAGAACUUUUCCUUCAAAUGGAGCUGCAGUGUAAGAUCUCCAGCCUGACGAAAAGUAAAAAUGCGGCGCCCCGAGUGGAAAAAACAAACGGAGGAACAAGUUUCAAAUUCACGAUUUCAGGCACAUCUCAUGUGAUUCUGUCAGCUUCUGUCAUUUUCAAGGAAUACCUUAAGGAUAAAAAAAACACCACUGUCAUUUUCACUCCAUGGAGUCCUUUAAAAGAAGAAGACGUUUCUGCAUUAUUUCCUUGACAUUAUACCUACACUGUGGAUACAGAAACAUAGCAACAAAAACAACACGCGAAGGCGGGAAGUUAAAGUGACCGUGUGACAGGAGAGGAAAGAAAAAAGAAAAGACAGCUUGCUGAAGUUUCCCGGACGGUCAUCACUUCAGCGAGCGGACUCCUCCUGUUGCUGCGUCAACCACCGACUUGCUAAGCGCACCAUGUAAAAUAUGCCAUGUCAUGCUCUGUGGCUCUCAGCGAGACGAGGACACACACCGACACGAACACACUUCUCCUAUUUUGUCUUUGAGAGCAGCCGCCGACUGAUUCUGUAGGACAAACUGAAGAGAAGAGACACUACAAACACACACAGACACUCGAACACAAACACACACACACACACUCGAACACAAACACACACACACACACACACACACACUGGCCUCGGCCUGUUCUCGCUCUGACAGACUGAACUGGGGGAGGGAUGUGUCAUCAUCUGACCUCUGACCUUUGCGUCCCAGAGGGCAUUGGGGUCUCUACGUCAGGCCCAGUCGAUACCUCAGUUUCUCAUUCUUAGGGACUGUAUACAUUUGUAAAGGAAUGUACCUAUAAAGAGAAAAAAAAGUGUUAUUAAGUUGUCCCCGUUUUUCAUUUGAUAGUGGAUGUGUAUAUUGUAUGUUCAUAACCAAGAGUAUAUUUAUUUGUAUUUUUUUUCCUCUUUCAAGGGGAAAAGAGAAAAAGUUUCAAAUGGUGCAAAAUUGAUUCUAUGAUUGUUGUCCUUCUGAUAACUCCUGUAUGGCUUUGAUCCUCUCAAAAAUAACGAGGCGAAAUCCCCUGGUUUGUUAGGCGACCGACCAACAAGUCACUUGAUUUUAUAAAUCUUCAGUGCUUUACAGUAUAAGCCAUAGAAAGAACUAAUUGGAGAGGGCAAAAGCAAUGGGGAAAAAAAUGUGUUUGUUGGUUUCAAACCCGCUGACUGGUAGCUUCAGUUGAAAUUCAUUUGUUUUGUGUGUGUGAAAAAGAACGUAAUUUCUUCUUUGUGAAUAUUCUGCAGGUGAAGUGAAAAGAAGACAAACUGUGCAAGUAGAUGCCUGUGAAACCCCAGACUGUUUGAGAUGUUUUCAUGUAGCUAGAAUCCUUAUUUUUUACAACUCGUUUGCCAGCUUUUAUGCUUGCAGUCGACGCAGCUUAAUUUUACAAGUGCCCACAUCUCCAAACUCUCCCCCUGCAGCGCGCGGACGCUUCGCCGCAAAUCUUCUUCUGCAAAUCAGAAAUUAUGAACGGGGCCUCUGUCGUAUAUUAUCUCCAGAGUGGUUCGAAGCUUUUGGAGAGCCGAGGCGAGGAUAGCCAUUACAUUUACUCAAUGCUACGUUCCAUUUUUCAGUCUUUCAAUCAAUAAUUCAUUUGAAUGUCCACUGGCUGCCUGGGGAAAAUGUUUUUUUCUUACUUUUUCCUUUUUUCUUUUUUUUUUUUUUGCAUUUGUCUGACUUGACAGUUGGCAGUCCUCAGCAUUUACUUCCACAUGAAACUGUCAGUAGUGACAGAAGACUCUGUGUUAAAUGAGGGAAUGAGUUUGAAAUAGCCAUAAUAAGCAGUUUUCUGAUACAUUGAAACAAGAAAAGAUCAGCCAUUAUGCGUUAGUGAUGUAUCCUUGAUGGAAACUCUUGUGUAUACUAGGAAAUAUUAUUGCUUGGAAUUGCAACGAUACAUUGAUGAAUAAUGCAUACCCACCCUGUUAGCCUAUAAUGAAGAUAAAGAGGAUGCCUGAGAGGAGGUUAAUGUGCCUCUUUAACUUAAGAUUCAUAGGAACCCAGAAGGGUUGUAAAAAGGGCUAGUAAAUGGCUAUGUUUUUGUAGAACACUAACUGUGAACAUAACCCCUCCUGGAAGUACAUGCAGGACUAAAAUCAGAGGCUCGUGAAUUCAUGUUGCCCCUACAACUGAAAGAUAAAAGAUCCUCGGCUGAGUUCUCCCCAUACAAGUGUCCAGUGUCGUGUCCUCAGACGACAACAGAAGAGAAAAUAUCGACCGGCGGGGGGGAAUUUUCAGCAGUAGUUUAUUACUUUUUCCGUGAGCCAAAUCUCCUGGCCCUGAGUCUGAGCCAACCAACAGCACCAACACACCUUCAUAAAAAACCAGCCUCUCCUGCUCCUCAUAAAGGAGACGCCUGACUCUCAUCCUCAGUUUGGCUUUGUGAGGAAACACAACUCUUCAUCCAGCAGUGCUUCUGCUCCAUCCUCAUGUCACAUCACCCACAGCGUCACGAUGAUUCAUGGCUGUUGUGAGGACGCUCCGGAGCCCACAGCCAAACAGGAUGUCCUCCUUUAAUAAGUGGAUCUGACAGGUGGCGUGAUGUUAAUUUAAUCGCUGGUGUUAAGUGACACAUUCGCUCGCCACAGUGAAGAGGGAAGCGUUGGUGAGCUGAAUAGUAGCAGCCUAUCAAUAACAUGCGAUCCAUCACUCUCACAGCCUCUUCAUCCUCCUUUUAGCUGAUCGUAACUGCUGUUAGGACACAGAAGGUGAACUCUGAGCCGAGCAUGUCUGGGGUUUCGUCCUCGAACCCUUGUUAAUGGGACCGUUUGUGCUCAUCUCUUUCAAAAAUGCAGCAACUUCAAAGCAACAUACUUGACAUUCUCUUGUAUUUUGUCAUGAGUGGGCCUUUUUUAGCUUUUAUUUUUUGCACUUCUUAUAAUGUGACAUGUUGUGUGCCAUAUUCUCUACUGCCAUGAUCAUUCUUUAAGGCUUUUUUACCUCCCUAUGCCAAUCCAUUGUGCUGUUAUGCCCAAUGCCUUGUUAUAUAUAUAGCUAUACAUAUAGAAAAGCCCAAAACUAAGCAUCGGGCAGAAAAGGCUGCUUUGCUCUUCGCUGUAUCUUAUAUUCUACAUGAUCAUGCACAUAAUUCAUAAGAGACAGAAGCCGCAGUGCAAACAUCUGUAUAUCCUGUAGCUGCUCUCAACAGCUGUGUGCCAACAAGCCGGUCAGGUUGCCUUUUCUUAGUUUAGCUCUACUUGGAUGGUAGUAACUCUAAAGCAAGCCGCUGUAGCUUGUUACUUGGAGUUUUAUUGCAAGUAAGAGUUAUUGGAUGCUCACGAGUACAAACAUUUACACUCUUAGUGAGAGUAAAGAUGUUUAAACCUGAAUUUUUACACCAAGGGCCCCAAAAGUGCAGACGUUCAGCUUUAGUACACAAGUUUCUCUGGAUAUUGAUGCGUCAAAAUGUGCAAAACAGGGUUCAAAUUUAAAUUAACUUAACUCUUGCACAUUAUCAGUCUGUAUUAGAGCACAGAUGUAAAAGAAGCAACCGUUUUUUUUGGUUUGCAACACCGCUAAAGUCUUGGAUUUCUGGCUUUAAUGUAGAUUAUAUUUCCACGAUCGCAGCAACUCGAGCUCACGCAAACAUCCCGAGGCAGUUUUCUUCAAACGAGUCAUUUCCCUCCGACGGUUUCCAACAACAAAGAAGUCAUAUCUGUGCUGCUGUGGUAGUUUUUCACGAGCUGCUUACUUGUAUCGAUUUAAAAAAAUGGUGCCAAGCUUACGAGGUUCAACCUCUGAGACCAGACAAGAGGUUGGACCAACACAGCGUUUACAAAAAGACAAAGCAGAAGAAGCUAUUUUUCUCUCGGUCAAGAGGAAACUAAAGGAAAACUAAAUUUACAUAUGGAUAAUUUAUAUCAAAGUCCUCAUUAAUUAUUUCACAAUCUAUUGUACUUUUUAAAUGUUCUGAACGGAACCAUUUUAUAUUGUAUAUAUAUGAAUAUAUUUUGUUUUAUUUUGUACUGUUCAUUGUACUUUGCUUUAAUUUAGAAACAAUAUAAAUAAAGAACAAUACUGUGGCAACAA